CUCUCAACCAGGGGUGCUUCACCCUCAUGUGGAAAACCGUUCAAGUUUUUAUUCGACUUUGAAUUGUCAAAUUGAGCUUUCCUAAUGCUAUAUAACAAACCGUACUAGUCAAUUCCUUUUGUUACGCUGCCAUCAUGCCUCGGAUACAGGGUUCAGUAUCCAACUCUCUCGCCUCUUGCAUUCCUUCCUCCUCCUCCACAUCCACUCCUUCUGCAAUAUUUACACUACACAAUGUCUUCCAGAGAGAACAGAUCGGUAAUCGGUUAAAAUGCCCUUCCCGGCGGCCCUUUUCAACAUCUCGAGCAGCCCAGACGCGGCAUAGGGCCGCUAUGUUUACUUGGCUAGGCAGCGAAGGUGCCACCUAUAAACAUCAUGUUCCCGGAAGAACAAAUUACAUAACCGAGGUGUGGAAGCGAAAAAAUGAUAAAAGACUCGGCAAGGCCAGGGAUGAGUCGGAAGGUGAUGAUAGCAAAAGUCGACCAUUCCCUCUCAAUGAAAACUUUGUCAGUUCACCGAUCCUGAGCGAAGAGCUGCGGAAUGAGAUCCACAGGCGGGUUGUAAAGCAGAAAAAGGGCGUUCGUGCUGUUAGUGUCGAACUACAAGUGGAAAUGAGGAGGAUUGCUGCGGCUGUCCGGUUGGUGGAGUUAGAAAAGCGAAUGACAAAAGAGGGCAAAUUUAUGGCAAUUCCAUACGCACGUGCUAUACACGAAAUGGUGCCAGUCACACCGCUUGCUGAAGAGGGUGGUCAACCCGCCCACGAACAUAUCAACGAGCUUCCAGUCCACCGUCUCACAGACCCGCAAAUUUUCUACCCUGUGUCUGAAUCCCGGCAGUUCACACGUGUAGAUGCUGGUCGUGUCUUCUCGGCUGCACCAGCUUUGGAGAGCAGGGAGGAAAAAACCGUCACUGUCGAGUCAUUGAUCAUUCCACAGGCGAAGCGCAUUGAGCGAGUUGGCAAGGGUGCGGAUGAGCAUGAUAUUCUACUCCCUGCCGACGCACGUAUUCCACACCCGCACAUGAUUGGGCUAGAACGUGAUAUCAUUUCUCAUCCCACAGAAACUCGAUAUCGAAUGAAAAGAUACAAUGAACGUCUGAAAGAUUCGGAAGAGUUUGAGAAAGAACGAAAGACAGCCGCAAAGGAGAGGGCCGAGAAGAGAUUGACCAGAGUGAGCCCGGAGGGUUCCCGGUUCGAGUUUCGUUUCAACGACGUAGUUGUCAGCAAGGAGACUACCGGGCUAGAUGGUCGUGGCCAUGCAGCUCCUGGUCGCCGUUAUGGUGUGCCUACAUAUGACCGAAAGAAGGGACAGGUCAAGAUCCCGACCAAGGUCGAGGUUUGAUCUGUUACCUUUCGUUUUGAGGUCUUGCAUUAGUGCUAUAGCUUUUUCUGUACAAUAUUCAUAUUUAUACUAUUACAAUACCCAGCAAUAUCACGACCAUCGCAGAAUUUCGUUUCACUAAUUCUAAGAGCAAGUUCUCAUCAGCAUUAUUAUUCUUGCAUGACA